AUGUCCACCAGCUCCGCCAACGGCAUCAUCGGGGAGUACGCUGGCGACGACUUCACCAUCAAAGUCACCUUCACCGUCUUCCUAGGAAUAGCCCUCUACAACUCCAUCGAACUCCUCAUCCUCAUCUUCGCCUCCUUCCGCCGUUAUCAAGGCCUCUACUUCUGGAGCUUACUACUCGCCACCGUCUUCGGUGUAAUCCCACAGUCCGUCAGCUUCCUGCUGAAAUAUUACGGCAUCGGCCCAUUAUGGCUGUCCAUCACCUUAUCCACCAUCGGAUGGUACUUCAUGGUAACGGGCCAGGCGCUCGUGCUAUUUUCGCGCCUGAACAUCGUCGUCCAGGAUCUGACCAUUUCGCAUCGUGUGCGCGCCAUGAUCAUCAUCGAUGCCAUCGUCUUACACAUCCCCACCACCGUGCUGACGUACGGCUCUAAUUUCGCCAAGCCGGCCGUCUGGGUCCAGGCGUACAAGAUCAUGGAGCGCAUCGAGCUUACGGGUUUUUCCCUGCAGGAGUUUAUCAUCUCUGGCCUGUACAUCUACAAGGCGAUUCAGAUCCUGCGCAUGUCGCCACCCAGCACGACCGGCCACAACCCGAAUCGCAAGAUCAUGUACCAGCUUCUCGCGAUCAAUGCGCUGAUUAUCGUCAUGGAUGUCAUCUUGCUCGUCUUGCAGUAUAUGAACUUUUUUGUCGUCCAGACAACGCUCAAGUCGGCGGUGUAUAGCAUCAAGCUGAAGCUUGAAUUUGGCGUGCUUAGUCGUCUGGUCUUUAUGGUGCAGUCACAUCGUUGGCCGCCGGGGCCGGAUGAGUCACCUCAGCUAUUUUCGCGUCCGGCGACGGCGAGGGAGGAGUUGGAUUAUCAUGAGUUUUUGGGCGCGCCGGGGAGUAGUAUGCAGCAUCCGCCUGCUUCAAAUACUUUUUGCAAGUCGGCUUCUAUUCGGCAUCAGGAAGUGGUAUGA